UGGAGGUAUCUUCAGAAUUUCAAAUAUCAAAAGAAACUUUAAGAUAUCCUUAAACAUAUUUACUUGAGGCCAAAAAAAAGUGAAAUAUCCUUUUCUGUACUAAGUUUUGCUUCUUCAAACGCAUUUUCCAUUCUGGGAGAUAGAAAAAGCUGUCAAGCUCAUGUCUGGUUGACUGGUGACACGACACGCAACUUGCAUUUCAUUUGUUUACAAGUUGUCGGUAAAAGCUGAAGUGUUGAAAAGAAUAUUUCGAGAUGGAGUCUGGAUUAAUGAUUACUAGCCGCCUUCGGCGACCAGCUGGUCCGCCUUUUUACGCCAGGGUUGCCGCCUUCGGCGGCUGCAUAGACAAUUUAGCGACGGAACCCACCUUAUAUUCUGUAGAGGCAAUUGCAAUUUUAGACAAUGAUGGGAACAGGAUACUUGCUAAAUACUAUGGGAAAACUUUCCCAACAGCAAAAGAACAGAAAGUAUUUGAGAAAAACUUAUACAAAAAGACUCACAGAGCUAAUGCGGAAGUUAUUAUGCUUGAUGGAUUAACCGUUGUGUACAGAAGCAAUGUGGACUUGUUUUUCUAUGUGAUGGGAAGUUGCCAUGAAAACGAAUUAAUCCUAGUCAGUGUUUUGAACUGUUUAUAUGAUGCUGUUAAUCAAAUUCUACGAAAAAAUGUUGAAAAACGUACACUUUUGGAAAACCUUGAUGUAAUUUUAUUAGCAAUUGAUGAAAUAUGUGAUGGAGGCAUUGUCCUUGAAGCCGAUUCCACUUCUGUUGUGCAGAGAGUAGCUGUUCGAUCUGAUGACAUUCCACUUGGAGAACAAACAGUUGCUCAGGUUCUACAAUCAGCCAAAGAGCAGAUUAAGUGGUCCUUAUUGAAAUAGAUUUAUCAUAGUUAAUUUUCUUUUAUUGUUAUUUUUCAUACAAAUAUAUCAUAUGCUUACAAAAUAAACUUUUUGUCAUACUUUUUUUUAUCUUUUGCA